CUGAGUGAUAUUCAGGCUAACCGGAGUGCAGACUCUCACUACGAUUAGCCUGAAUAAUCCGGUUUACGGUCAGCACCCGAUAAUGGAAAUAUUACCGCGAUAGCGAUAUACACUAAAAAGUCUGUAGUCUGCAGUCUGUAUUUUACCCCCGGUCUAGAGUCUGGAGCCUGCAGUCUGCAGUCCGCAGUCCGCAGUCCGCAGUCUUCGUUUUACGCAGACUGUUUUGUAAAUUGUCUUUUUGAACACCUCUUGCAGGAGUGGAGGUAUUCCGCAUUCUCGCCUUCGGUGAUAGCCUCACAAACGGUUUCCAUGGUGAUGACAAGAGCCACACCCCUUACGCCCAGACACUGGAGUAUCUGUUAAACAAGGACAUUCACAGGUGUUAUACCUUGACAACAAUAGCGAAAGAUGGCACUGAAGCAGCCGAAAUGUCCACCAGGCUUCAAAAUCAUCUGCGAGAUGCAAAAUUUAAAUACUCCUGGGUUAUUAUCCUGGCCGGUACAAACGACAUCGCUCAUAACAGCAAAACUCGUUACAGAAAGGACUGGGACACAGCGGUCGAGCGCAUCAUCAACCUCCACAUAACUUCACAUCGUCAUGGCGCGAAAACAGUAGCAGUCACCAUUCCUGAAAUGGACUGCGAAGAAUCUAAAAGACCAGCUUGUCUUCACUCGCAUUUGGAAAGAAAAUACAUCAAUGAAAAGUUAAGAUAUUAUGCCAGAUCGAAUGAGUUUACUAUCCUUUGCGACCUGGCGGUGAAAUUUCCGAGGUAUUCUUUGAGUAUUGACGAGCGAAAAAUGAUGUGGGAAGUGGGACUGCACAUGAAACCGGCAGGAUAUGAGCGUAUGGCGGAGAUCAUUUACAAGGACCUGUUGGCUAAUGUUUGAUAACAGCAAGGAAAUGAAUUGUUGAACAUUUAUAAACCAAUGAACCAGAAGAACUUAAACUUGAAACUUGACUGCUGUUUUUGUGACCAUGGUUUACACGCAAACAUGUUCUAUAAUGGAUGCUUCUUUGUUCCGUUUUGUAUCUUAGAACUUAAAGUAAAACAUUAUGUUUAAGUGAGAAGCUUGCAGGAUUGUAUAGACAGUAUAGAAUAACAUAUAAAUCUGUCUAAAAUCUAGACAGCAUUCUUUAUUGCUUAUUUGUAACUAUAAUCCACGUUCACUAGAGAAAUCGCGCUAGGUUUUGA